AUAUAUAUGCUCGGACAUAAAACCCAGACGAUGAUAGAGGGUUGGUAAAGAUGGCGGCGCUCUCCGUGGUUGGGAGGUAUGGACUGAAUUGUGGCCGACGGAAUACAGACCACGUCACUGUAUUGCACGUAAAAUUGACAGAGACAGCUUUCAGAGCGAUAGAAAAGUACCAAACCACUAAGAAUGUAACAUCCUCGUGGCCAACAAUGCAAUUCAAGGGACUCCAAGGGCGUAUUAAGAUCCCAAGGACUGACUCUCCAGAUGGAUCUCAGAACUUUGACUUCUACCUGUCCAACGUGGGCAAGGACAACCCUCAGGGAAGCUUUGAGUGCAUCCAACAAUAUGUGUCCAGUUCGGGGACCCCGCACCUGGUGUCCUUGGGGGUGGUUCAAGACAAAGUCACGUUGUGUGCCACCAACGACUCCUACCAGGUGACUCGGGAGCGCAUGACGCUGGCUGAGGAGGAUGGAACCAAAGUCCUCAUGCAUGGAGGCCAUUUCAAAGGUAAGAAAGUCCAGAUCCGCAAGCCAGCGCCGUCAGGCUCUGAACCAGUCGCGGAGCGCAAACGCUCCACCCCCAUCAAUCCAGCCAAGACCAUCCGCAAGUGCCUUGCCAACAACCUGGUUUCCCAGCGCCCAUACCGCGACCGCCUCGUCCACUUGCUGGCGUUGCGCUCCUACAAGAAGCUGGAGCUACUGGCCAGGAUGCAGCGGGACGGGGUCUGUCAGAAGGACCGCAGCUCUCUUGGGAGUACCCUGCAACAAGUGGCCAACCUGAACCCCAAAGAUAACUCGUACACUCUGAAGGACUUUGUGUACCGUGAGGUGCAGAGGGACUGGCUGGGCUACUCUGAGGAUGACCGCGUUCAGGUCAAUCGGAUUCUGGCCCAGAAACUGGGCCUUCCCACUGAGCCGCUUUCCUCCAGCGGUCCUCCUAAAAAUGGCUUCCCGGGUUCCCCACAGAAGUGCCAGCCCGAGUUGCCGAGUCACUUCACUGACCCCUUGAUGCCCAAGAAGCCCCGCAUUUCCCAUGUCACCAGCCAAGGGCCACCCACCACCCCCACCUCGUCCUCUAGAGUGCGCCGCAGCGCCACGAAGGGGGACAACAGCCACCACGGCGCCACCACCAAACGGUCGUCUCUCCCAGCCAGGCCCACCACGGCUGGCCCGCCCCUCAACCACCUCCCCCCUCCCUCCCAGCUGCCCGUUUCUCACCGCCGUCGUAUGUCUCAUCACCCUGGCCUGGGCUCCAACUCCAGCUCGCCCAGUACGCCUGAGGGCCGUGGCACCCAGGACCUGCCCCUUGACCAGAGCUCAACCUGCCUGGACCCCUCCUCACCGAUAGCCAGCCCCCCAGGCAGGACCGCCGACCGCUAUGGCUCCGGCAUGCUGCCACCUGCCAGCUCUAGCCGCCCAACCCUCACCAUCUCCUCUUCAUCAUCCUCUUCCUCUACCAUUAUCCCCCCUCCCUCACCCAGCAGUAGCAAGAAGUCAAAGAAGCACAAAGGGAAGGACAGAGAGAAGGAGCGGUGUAGGGAGGGGCACAGCAUCACAUGCGAUGGUGUCAGCCCCCCAGCGGUACAGGUUGAGGACGGCCAAAGGCCCAGGAAGAGACACCACGCCAACGGGGAGGAAAGACGAAGGCCAGUCAUCCCCGCCAAAAGCCUAUUCUGCUCAGACGAAGACAAUAAAAAGAGGCCAGUCCACUCCACAGACUCCUCCACCACUGUGAUGCCAGAUUACAUAUGUAAGUACAUGGCAGUGGUGUCCAUGGACCAGAGGCAGACUUACAAGGACAACUUCAAUGCAGAGUAUGAGGAGUACCGCAUCCUGCAUGCCCGUGUGGAGAAGAUCACUCGCCACUUCACCCAGCUAGACGCUCAGUGCAGGAGGCUGCCGCCUGGCACCAAAGAGUACCAGGAGGUACAUGAAGACGUGAUGAAAGAGUACAACAAAAUGAGACUACACAGCCCAAACUACCAGGUGGAGAAGCAGCGCUGCGAGUACCUGCACAACAAGCUGGCCCACAUCAAGCGCCUCAUCGCUGACUUUGACCAGCGCAGUUCCCAAUCCUGGAGCUAGAGCAACAGUUUCAAAACCACACAGUUUUGAAGUGGUUUAAGGGGUGUGCGGAACAAGGGGGUUUCAACUGGCUUUUAUUUAUUCAGACACCCCUGUCUCUGCUGCCCCCCUUCUCGUAAUGGUUUCUCCUGAAGCUAGAGGAAGGGAACUACAUGCGUGUGGGGGUAGGGGGGAUACUUAACACUUCUAGCCUUUGAAGGACUUUAUCCAAAAAUUAAACUUAUUUUUGAAAGCAGAGAAAAUAUUAUACUAGUAUUUAAGUUUUUUUUUUUAAAUGUAUUUAUUUUGGACUGUUCAGAUGUGUGUGUGGUCCACACAUGAUUUAUUGUUUAAAAAGUUUAUAUUUUCCGAAAGCAAUGCAAAAAACAUGGGCCUUAUGUGUUUGACUUUCUGAAGCCAUUUUGCACACGAGAGGAGAUUCUGAGUGGCGCAGUGGUCUAAGACACUGCAUCUCAGUGCUAGAGGUGUCACUACAGACACUGGUUCAAGUCUAGGCUGUAUCGCAACCGGCCUUGAUUGAGUCCCAUAGGGCGGAGCACAAUUGGCCCAGCGUCGUCCGGGUGUGGCCGGUGUAAGCCGUCAAUGUAAAUAAGAAUUUGUUAUUAACUGACUUGCCAGUUAAAAAAAAGAAAAUCCAACGUAUCGUCCCAAUUGUCAGCAGUUGCUCACCUUCACCCUCUUCCUUCAUAGUGAAGUAGAUGGAGAGGAAUCCACUUUAGACCAUUGUGAUGCAACACCAAUAUGGGUUAUAAGGGCCAUCGGGGGGUUACAUUUAGGAGGAUCAUACUCUGAUAGCAAGGGGGGCUACCCUGCGCAACAUCAGUGUUUCUGCUCUCUGUGCAAAAGGGUGCCUUAAGGUGUUAGUUUACACGGGGGAAUUACAACCACCUGGCUACAGGUCUCACACACCAGCAUGAGGUGUCUGCCUGGGGGGGGUGUCAAAGAGGGAAUGCAAAGGUCAGGGAGGUGUGUGUGGGCGGCUAUGUAAAAUGGGGGGAGUAAGAGAUUUGGGGGGCGAACAUGGGAGGGUGAGAAAAUAGCUUGGUUUCCAUCCAAUUUCAUGCAAAUAUUAUAAAAUCGUCGGAUAAAAGUCUGCGUGAUGACGUAGUGCACAUUAAAAAAGUUAUUGGUUUCCAUCGCAUUUUCAACUACUGAUGGUUUUGUAAGAGAAAUGUUGCAUUUUAUAUAGCGACUGUACCCACUGGCAGUGGCAUGUGGGCUCUAGCCAACAGCUCCAGGUACAGUGCUAGUAGGCUACCUAUAUGAGAGCGUUUUUAUUAUUUUAAUUUGUCAAAUGGCAGCCAAGCAUCUAUCAUUAUGUUACUAGAAUAGACCCUCAAUAUUUAUUGGAAAAGAGCAUCAAGCUCAUCACUGCACUUUCACCACCCUGUGAAGUAAAUACCUUUAUUUAAUCUGUAGCAUAAACUGUAUGCUUUCCUGAGGUGUAGUGGGAGGACCACAUGAUAUGAUUGUGUGACUCCCAAGUUUACAUCAAUGGUUAUUAUAUCAAUAUUUGCGCGUAAAGGCAACCGCCAUUUCUCGCAUCAUUAAUUUUAUUGAAACAAAAAGAUCCCACCUUGUCUAGUGUAUUUUGUUUUGUCGACAUUUGGAAAGUUGACCGACAAAUAAGUUGUUGGAUAGAAAACAUGUUUAUGAAAAAGGGGGGGAAAGCUGCUGUAGUCUGUUGUUUGACGAGCCAGAGCACUCAGGAUCAACCUGGCUAAAGUUUGUGUUUUUAAUUGGGGGGCUGUUCUAGAGUAGCCAAUCUCUUGAAGGACUAGAGCAUUGCCUCGCCAGUUUAGUUAAAGAAAAACCGUCUGUUUGAUAAAUGAAUGCAUCCACCAGAGGACAAAUCUGUAUUACAAAGACAAAUGUAUUAUUUUCUCAUUGAUUCCAGUAUUGUCAGUGCAGCAGAACUAUGGAAGAACUGCGAAUAGCAUUUCUGUUUUAGUUUUUGAAUCCAACUCAUGCUGAUUUAGUUUGACAGACAGAUGAAUGCAUGGAUUAAGGAUGAAAAUAUCAUGAUAUCAUUAAUAAACAAGGUCUUGAGCUCAAGGGAAAUAUUAUGUUUACAAACCUGUGUUAGAAUGUUUGUCCCCAAAAAGUGAAAUACUGUUCUGGUAUAUAUCUACAUUACUGGUUCAGCCUUUUAUGAGGCACUGAUACUGGAGACUGGAUAUAAAAUGUGUUCCCUGGAAGAUGACAUUUCUGUUUUGGGGUAGCAUUCUAGUACUUAUUUUAACUUUUUUCUCUCUGCUUUCCAAUUGGGGGGGACACAUCCAAAAUUGUAAGUAAGAAACUGAAGAUUAUGCACUCUUGCUGCAGAGACCCAUCCAACGGAAGCCCCAAUUAUGUAAGGUCUGAUAGUACUGUCAUAUGAUUGGGGCUUCUGUUGGAUGGGUCUCUGCAGCAGAGGUAGUGUCACUUUUUAACAACAGGAAGGCCCUCUUCAGUCACAAUUCAAACUAUAUUCCAGUGUUACUACAUUUCAGUUUGAAAGUCAAACUCUGCAGGGACCAUGAGCUCAACAUGUUUUAGAGGGAUUUGUAGACAUGAAAAAGACUUAUUUGGAGAUCUCUGAAGCAUCUUGACACUCAUGAGUCCCAGCAGACUACUACAGUACAGGGUCCACUCCCAGAAAAUGGAGACUUUGUUGGAGUUCAGCAGUCUUACUGAGAAGUUGUAAAGGGCAAACAAGUGUUUAAAAGACAUCUCAAUGUGUUGGUGUGAAAGAUGACUCAGAACUGUAUGGAUUGUGAAGGAGUACUGAUCCUGCCCACCUGAAGAUGCAUUAAAUCUGUAAAAUAAAAGUCAACUUGGCUUUACAUUGAA